CUGCAAGUUUGGUUCUCAGCCUGUUGAGCCUCCUCGUUCGCCCAGUAUGGCCCGGACGCUCCAUCAUGAGUUGCAAAUGAUGUAACGCAGUCGACGUCAUGAAGAACAGGAGACAAGGCAACUGUGGAGGGCGAUCACACGUUGUGCAGAAGUCAUAAAGGCGGAUGGGUCAGCGAGCAGACCUUAUCAGACAUACCCAAGCAGUGUGAACAUCAUCCCAGUUCUACAGACAUGGCAUCAUCUAACCGAAGAGUCCUGGUCAAUGGCGGAGGACCCGCUGGCGCCGUGACGGCUUUCUGGCUUGCCAAGGGCGGCUUCGAGGUGGUUGUUACAGAGCGCUCAAUGAGUCGGCCCUACGGACAAGGGGUCGACGUCACGGGACGCGCUUCCGACAUUAUCAAGAAGAUGGGAUUGGAGCAACGCAUUCGAGACAGCACUACCGGUGAAGCAGGUCUGACCGUUGUCGACGAUCAAGGCGAAGAUGUUGCUCCCCCGCUGGGUACUGCACCUAUCGAGGGAGGAACGGCCAGCGUCACACAAGAAAUCGAGAUCAUGAGACGGGACUUGACAAAAAUCUUUGUAGACGCUGCAGAAGCAUUGCCAAAUGUCACGUUCCGAUAUGGCUGCACGGUCGACGAAGUUCAACAGCAUGAGAAGUCAAUCACUGCCGUUUUAUCCGACACAGGCAAACCAGAAGACUUCACUGCGAUCAUUGGUGCAGACGGGCUUGGAUCAGCUAUACGCAAGCUCACAUUCGAUCCGGAGAUCAACAGACGUUCUGUGUCGCCGACCAAUACCUACGUUGCGUUCUUCUCCAUACCAGGUGAUCCAAAGUACGAUACCCCAGUCGGCAAACUCCAACAUGCCAACAAAGGUCGCGGAAUACUUGUCCGCCCCAUUGAUAAGAAGGGCACUCAAAGGUCAUGUUACCUGAUGUCGCAGUCCGAUAGCCAGGAGCUGGCACAGGUUGCACGAACUGGAUCGCAAGAAGACCAAAAGGCUCUUUUGGACAACAGAUUCAGAGAGUUCACGGGCCCACUGGGUAAACGAGCCGUCGAAGGUAUGCACAGCGCUGACGACUUCUACUUCACCCGCAUAGUGCAAAUCAAAUUGGACUCGUGGCAUAGUGGGCGAGCGGCUCUGGUGGGGGAUGCUGGUUACUCUCCUUCUCCGCUUACAGGGCAAGGCACAACUCUUGCUAUCAUCGGUGCCUAUGUGCUCGCGGGUGAGAUGGCCAAAAGUCCGGACGAUCUAGAACGGGCUUUCACCUCGUAUUACGCUAUACUCAACAAGUUUGUCAGCGAGUCCCAGGAAAUUCCAUUUGGAGGUCAAGCUCCGAAACUUAUCUUGCCACAGUCAGACUGGGGCAUAUGGCUUCUUCGCACCUUCUACAAAAUCAUCUCCUGGACAGGCAUCUGGCGCUUGCUCAAUUUCGGGAACGAAACCGUAAAGGUUGAGCUUCCUGAGUACGAUUUUGGUGGGCUGGAUUGAUGCAAUGUGCUAAAGAAGCACGUUGCAAGGCAGGCGAAUUCCCAUAUAUGCAGACAGGACUUACAUACGGCAGAUACUCAGCGCAAUGAUUCAACGCAGCUUUUUAAUUCCCCGA